AAUGAUAAAUAAAAUGUCUACGACGUAAAUACAUUUUUCGAAAAAUAAUAAUGAUAUAACGAUAUUGUAAUUUCUUUUUAAAUAUUCACCUUUACGAGUAGCGUCUAAUAAAAUAUUUAUACUAAUGUUUAUAUUGUUAUCUUGAAGUAUCUAGAAUCCGUUUGAUCCUCCGAUAAGUAUUAAAGUUCAAUAGAUAGCAAUAGAAACUGAGUCCCUCUGGCAAAGAAAGAAGAAACUAAAGAUACACGCCUAAAAGUAGGCAAUAAUGUUUCAAAUAGACAUCUGUAGAUUUAUACCAACCGAGUAUACUGCGUGAAUGUGUGUGUGGAUUAGAUGGUAAAGCUGUCAAUGAUAACGUUUAAACAUAUGUGAUCGUAAACUGAACGAUUAUAAAUGUUAAAUAAAUGUAUUAUUUCUAAUAAAUGCUUCAUGCAAGUUUUAAUAUGAAAGAUUGGGAAGAGAUGUAAUUAAACUCAGCGCGGAUAUUAAAAGUAUUCUUUUGUAAACAUUUUCUUCGUUUGAAUUUGCCAAAGGCAACUGUCAAAAUGACAAUUCGGACGAAGCAAACAUGGCUGUCGAAAUCGAUAGAGGAGUUUCGACGUAGUGUUUGAUAUCAAACCUUUUUUCAAUGAUAUUAUUAAUGGCGAAUUAUAAAAUAUAUUGGUUUUUAUCUAAAUCGUCGAUUCUUUUCCGAUAUUCGUCAUGUUCUACGACAACAUUUUAAUGAAAUACGAGAGACUCGUAACAUCGAACCAAGUGGCAGGUGAAAGUGCUUCGAAUAAUUAUCAUCCGUGAAGAGGGAGAAGGAUGAAUCAUGAUUGUCUAACGUGAAAUUAUUUCUGUUACGAAUUAUCAUAAAAUAGUCAUGAGUUUUUAUCCAAGUUCCUAAAAUAAUAUAUACGUAAGGAAAUUUUAUUCAAAUUUCUUUUGAGACUGAUAAUAGUUUUCUUGUUUCUCUACAAGUUUUUUUUAUAUUAAUAUAAAUAUUAAUUUCUCUGUUAUUAUACGAUAAAGUGCCUUCUUUACAAAUUAUUUGGAAGCUUUUUUAUUCUUCAAAUUUCAAUUUAAAAAACUCACGAAUACAGGAAAAGAGAGAGAGAGAGAGAGAGAGAAGGAGAGAAAGAGAGAGAGUGAUUCCGAUAAUUGGAAUCUUAAUAUGGACUUUUUCCAAACCGUUUUUAUAGCUACAAUAACGUUUGUGUGUGGUAUAAUAUGUACGCUUAUAUUAGAGUUUUACUUCUUCAAGAAAUAUCUGGAAACAGGACCUUUAGCGAAACCACCAGAGAAAGCAAUGAAACAUGGACAAGCUCAGCUACCUCAGGAAUUACUUGAUAAGAUACAAGAUGAAAAAACAAAUCUUAAUAGCAAUAUCGUUCGACAAAGUAUUUAUCAAGGAAAUGAAAAUUUAGCAAUAAAUCUUACUUUGCAAUUUCUUUUCAAUGAAUUACGAAAUGCGGAACGCGUUCGUCUUUGGCUCUAUAGAAAAUUAAACAAUGAAUUCAAAGAACUUUUAACGCAAUCAACUACCGGGAAAUUACUUGAUAGCGUAAAGUUAAGAGAUUUGAAUCUGGGUACAGAAUUUCCAACAAUAAAAAGCUUGGAAGUAGCUGAUUCUAAGAUAGACGCGGAUACUGGAUUAUUAGAAUCAUUGGAUUUAUCCCUUGAUUUAUGUUACUCAGGAAAUUUUCAAAUGUCGAUAGAUGUUAAAAUGUUGUUAGGAAAAACAGCAUAUAUGGCUUUACAAGUAAAACGUGUUACUGGUCGAGCAAGAUUGCAAUUCACACGUGUACCAUAUACACAUUGGUCUUUAAGUUUUUAUUCGGAUCCUAUCUUGGAAUUGGAGGUGCAAUCUCAAUUCCAAGGUCGCCAAUUGCAACCACAAAUAAUAUCAUUAAUUACUGGACAAAUAAGAAGAGCUGUACGUCGAAAACAUACGUUACCAAGAUACAAAAUGCGUUAUAAGCCAUUCUUCCGCAGAUUAAACGAUGAAGUUAUGGACCUAUCAGAAGUUGCUGGUAUGCAAAUCAAUCCAGGGUGUUUGGAAGUUACAUUAUUAGAAGUUAGUCGUUUAAAUGUUGGACCUAACAUGCUUAAUGCGGAAGAUAUUUCUCAAAUAGAAGUACAUUGCACGAUGAGCAUAGACUCAACACCUUGGAUACAUUUAACGCAAUAUAAUGGAGUACCAUACAUGAUAUUAGAUUUAAUUAUUAGCAAAACUAGUUCGCAGCAACUUGGCGUAGUAUUCAAACAAGAACUUGUUUCUGAAAUCGGCCAAGUAUGUGUACUUGUUGAAACUAUAGUAUCUGGAAGUCCAGCAGCUAUAGCCGAAAUGAGAAAAGGAGAUAUUUUAAUAGCCGUCGAUGGUAAAAAGGUCACUAAUAUGAAUCAAGUUGCAAAACUCGUUAAAAGUGCUGUACAGAGGCGUUUCAUUAUUAGAGUCGAAAGAAAAUAUGUCAAAGUAGACUCGGAUAAACAAAGUUCUAUAAAAUCUGACAGUGAAAUAAAGUCUGGUAUAGAAAAAAUCUUUGACAGAAAAACUAGUAGAAGUGAUUUGAUAGGAAUCAAAGGAGAUAGUACGGAUGAUUUCAGUAAAAUGAAAUUGGAAAGUUCAAUGAAAUUCUUAGACCCAAAAGAUACGGAUAGUGAGAAUGUAGACAAAUCUGAAUUUUCUAGUAGAUUGUUUAGAAGAAGAAGGAGUAGUAGUACGCAUAUUCUAGAAGAAGCAACUCAAAUGCCUGAAACACCAUUAAGAAGAAUUUCAACGGCUUCCAGUCAAUCCACAACGUCCAGCAACAUUCAAUUUUGUUCUAUCGACGAUAGUUAUGUUACCAAUACAUCUGAUUUGUAUUACACUACGAAAGAUAAGGGAUAUGCUUCUUUAAUUACUUUCGAGGAAACUAGAAAUUUUCAGAUAGAUUCCGAACAGCAUUAUUUAAAUGUAGGGGUAUGGGGUCGCGUUAAAUGUAACGAAUAUACUCCUAAAUUAUUAGGAUACAUUAAUGCUCCUAUAAAAUUAAUUGUAGCGCAAUGUGCUAAGUCGUCGACAGGUCAUUAUCUUAAAUGUCAUGCUUUAUUGCCACCAGAAAGUGCUUCUUUAGCAACAUCCAAUACUAAAUUACAAGGGUACUCUGGUUUUGAUCCUACUCUUUGUUUCGGAGACAUUUUAAUGUCCUAUAAUUGGGAAAGCAGUGUGCCAAAUCGCCAUAUCACAAACGAAUCUAUAAAAAAGGAAAAUGUAGAAGCUAUUAGAGCCCAACCGAUUCAGAAUGAAGAAGCAGCUGAAAAAAAAGUGCAUGACUUUAUUAGGACACACUUCCACAGAGCGACUCACUGCGAUUUUUGCACGAAAAAGAUUUGGUUAAAAGAUGCGAUACAGUGCAGGGACUGCGGUAUGGUAUGUCAUAAAAAAUGUGAAAUUCGUUGUCAAGCAUCAGGGAUAUGUGGUUCGGAAACUUUAGCAACGCUGGCAUUAGAAGCAGAUGAAAUAGAACCUAGUGCUAUUAUCGGCGAGUCAAGUCCGGAGAUAUCUCUUACUGGUUGUGAAGAUAAUGUUCAGGGUGCAAGUAUGAUGGCCAUGAAGGCUAGUAUAGCUAACACACUCUUGGGCCUCAAGAAGGCUGGAAGUACCAGUUGUCUGGCUCCACCAACUUCCGGUAUUGGUCUGGCAUCUAGAAGUCUUCCCCCAAGUCCCUGUGCAUCCCGCAAGAGUUCAUUGGUUGGAGGUUUGGGUAUAAGUCCUGAACUUUUGGAAGGUGCUGAACCAAGCGUGGCAGCUCCUCUUGUCGCAGGAGAUUUGGACGAUGGUCUUAUGUCUAGAGCCAAAGAUACUGGAAAAUUCUUAUAUAAGUAUUUGGAACCAUCGGAACGUGUUGAGAAGAUCAAUGAUAUGAUAGGGAAACUAAAAACUGCCCUAGAUGCUGAAACUACCUCAAGAUUAGAAUUAUCGCAAAGCGGAGAGAACGAUAGUAUAAAAUUAAUUGCACAGAGCGAUUUAAGAGUACAGGCGUUGAGUGUCUUACUUCUUCAUUAUUGUGCUGGCUUGCAACACGCGCAAGAGGCAUUAGAGAAAGCAAAAAAUGAAAAUUGAAUUCUGAACUGUAAAGAUCAUAAAACGAAAAGAGAGAAAUUUUCAAAUAUUUCCAGAUUCUCGAAUAUUCUACAUUAGUCAAUUUGUGAAUUUAUAAAAUAUUCUAAUAUAGAAACUUUUAUUUAAAAAUCGAGAUAUUAUUUAAUAGCUUGAUUAAAAAUUACUACACGCGUUCACGCGUAAACAUAUUAUUCCUAUAUAUAUAUAUAUAUUACUCUCUGAUUGUGAAGUUUUAACAAAUAAUACUCAAAAGUAUAUAGUUGUGAUAAGAUUGGAAUCUCCUAGUAAACACCAAAUGUUAAGACUUAUAUUUAUAGUAAAUUGUAUAUUUGUAGAAAAUCGAGUACAAGAUACAUCAACUGUUUCGUUACGCGCGCGUGCGCACGCGUAUGUGUGUGAUGUGUGAUUUAUCAAUGAAAUACAACGUGUUUUACCAAUGCAAUGAAAAAUUGCUUAAAGGUUACUUACGAAAUGUAAUGAAACGUGCAUCGAUGUAUUUUCUAAUAUCUCUCCAUGUAUUUUUCAGAAUUUUUUCAUAUUUCUUUAAAUAUUUGUGAUAUAAACUAUAAAUAUUCUAUUCCGCAAUCAAAAUGUAUUGUAUCGCAUUAACUUUGGCCUAACAACAUAUUAUUCGUAUAAUGCAACGAAGAACUAUAUAUGAAUCCUGACUGAUUUUAGAAUAAUCUCAAUAGUAUAUUUAGUAAUAUAUAAAACAUAAUAUCAAUAGAAAUUCAUCCAUCCACUUAUAUAUAUACAUAUGCUUU